CCCUAGAGAGACUGCACAUCCUGUCCUGCCGCUUCAAGUGUGCAAAGCGUGCAGUGGCAUCUAGUCCUGCAGACAUGGAGGGGUCCAGUGACAAGCUUUUCUUCUGCAGAUGGGUGCGCAACAAGGUUCCCCUGGCCCACAGAGAAGAAAUGUACCACAUACUGAGGAUGACGGGGCCCCUGCUGCUCUCUCGAAUCCUCAAUUACCUGCUCCCAUUUGUGGUCACAAUGUUCUGUGGACGUCUGGGAAAUGAUGUUAUGGCGGGGUAUGGAUUAGCUUCAGCUACCAUUAAUGUUACCACCGCGGCGACGGGAUGUGGUCUGGGACUGGCGUGUGACACUUUGGUGUCUCAGACAUUUGGUGGUAAGAACCUGUUGCGGGUGGGAGUGAUCCUUCAGCGGGGCAUCAUCAUCCUGCUACUGUUCUGUCUGCCCUGCUGGGGUCUGCUCAUUAAUGCCGAGGCCAUCCUGUUGUGUCUGGGGCAGGACCCCGAGGUGGCCAGGAUCGCCCAGUUGUAUAUCACAUCCUUCCUUCCUGCAGUGCCAGCAAUGUUUCUACAUCAGCUUCAGGUUUCUUAUCUGCAGAACCAGGGAAUAAUACUGCCUCAGAUGUACACUGCCGCCGUGGCAAACAUAGCCAACGUGGUGACAAACUACAUCUUCCUUUACUGGCUUGAUCUGGGUGUUAGCGGAUCUGCAGCAGCCAACACUCUGUCACAGGUUUACAUCUGCGCUCUGCUGUUUGCUUACAUUUGGUGGAAGAAGCUCCACGUAACAACAUGGGGAGGCUGGUCCGCAGAAUCAUUUCAGGAGUGGGGCUCCUACAUGAAGCUGGCCAUCCCCAGUACAUUAAUGACUUGUUUUGAGUGGUGGGUUUAUGAGUUUGGGGGAUUCUUUGCAGGAAUGCUGAGUGAGGAUGAUCUGGCAGCACAACAUGCUGUGAUAAUGGUGGCUUUCAUAACCUACAUGUUCCCUCUCGGCAUUCAAGCUGCAGCAUGUGCACGGGUGGGCAACGCUCUCGGUGCGGGAGACACCGCCAGGGCAAUCCUCACCUGCAAGAUGUCAUUAGCUCUUGCAGCCAGCUUUGCCCUCGUUGAAGGCGUCGUGCUCGGCUCGACUAAAACAGUGAUUGGCUUCAUCUUCACCUCCGAUGAGAAAAUCAUAGGUCUGGUCUCACGCCUGAUGGAUGCCUACUGUUUCCUGCAACUGUUCGACGGUCUUGUGUGUGUUUGCACAGGCAUCUUCUUGGGUACUGGCAAACAGAAGAUACCAGCUGUGGCUAAUUUAAUUGGAUACUACUGCAUAGGGCUUUCGCUGAGCGUCACUUUAAUGUUUGUUGCAAAGCUGGGAGUCUUAGGCUUUUGGCUCGGGCUGCUCAUUUGCGUCGUCUUGCAAUCCACCUUCUACAUCAUUGUCAUCUUCAAGCUGAACUGGAAGAGAAUGACAGAGGAGGCUGUGAAGCGAGCUCAGAAAAAGAGUCACCUGGCACGGUUGGGCAGAUACGACACGACAGACGCUGUCCCUAACAACAGUGGUGGCUUUACAGCAAACAAUGGAAACUCAGUGGAUGGCUACAUGUCUGUGAGCAGUGACAACACCGAGACACCGGGUGGACACGUGGUCCAGCAGCUGAAGGCGAGCCGUCUCUCCACCACCCAGCUCGUCCUCAGACGAGGCCUCACUAUAUUUGCAGCGGUUGCGCUCCUUGCAGUCGGAGCGAGUGUGCACUUCCUCGUGCCCCUCCCAGAGGUUCAGUCUGCAGAGGCCAACUCUACUGCGGACUGGAUCAAUACUACAUAUCUUCCUGAUCAAAUUUUCUCCACUGUGCUGGACUCAAUAGAAGAGUCAGCAUAACCUUGAGAGCGGUAAUCAGAAAAUCUUUGUCUUUUUCUUUGUCUUUCAUUUUUUGCAGUUGAUGUCAUGGAAACAUUGAAUUUCGCUAUCUUUGAGUGCCUCGGGACAGAACGGUGAAAGAUUGGAAAUAUUCUGUUAAAUAAGAUCAGGUUUUAAUAAUUGAAUGAUGUGGCAUGAAUAUUUGAUUCAACUGACGCCAAAUGAAAUGAAUUCAAGAUUUGAUCAGAGGCAGUUGGACUUUUCUUUUUGCUUUUCUUUUUUUUUUUGGUUGUCUACAUUUCUUUAAUGUGAACAUGGAAUAAAACGUAAUAAAUGUUCAACUGGAGUGAG